ACGCCGUCUAUCGACGGGGGAACUCUGUGGAGAAGCCGAAUUGUCAAGUCAUCACUCCGGACCUGUGCGGUGCUGUCGUGUUGGCCGAGCCGGAGCGAUGCGAGACCAACUGCGAUCAGGUUCAAGAAGACCCGCCAAUUCUGAUGGCGUCGAAGCCUCACGCUCACUCGCACGGCGUCCGCUCGAUCACCCUCGUCGCGGCCCUCUCAUUUCACUCGAUCGUCGAAGGCGUCGCUCUGGGAAUUACGGGAAGUGCCACGGAAGCCUGGACGCUCUGCUUGUCGCUGAUGGUCCACAAGAUCAUCGUCGCCUUCUCGGUGGGGUUGCAGCUGGCCCGUACGCAUGCGCAUGCCAAACAUUGGGUGGUUCUGUCGAUCUUCAUCUUGGCCAUCAUGUCGCCGCUGGGCUCCCUGUUCGGAAUGGUCGUCCAGAAUACCCUUGACGGUGCUCUGAAGGAAGCCUUGAUGACGUUGUUCCAAGGUCUCGCUGUCGGAACCUUCAUCUAUGUCACCUUCUUCGAGGUGCUUCUGCACGAGCGCGACAACGAGCAUCCGAAUCUGUACAAGCUGUGCUUCAUGCUGCUCGGAUUCGCGCUGAUCGGCGCCUUCCGACUUUUUGACGAUGGGCAUCAGCACGGGCAUUCGCAUGUUCAUGGACCCGAUGAUAUCCACCACGCAGAGAAUCUGACCACCGUCAUCCCC